AUUCGAUCAUGCGUUUGAACUUUGAUGCUGUUUGUGGGUUUGCGUUUGUGUGCUGUCAGCGGUCCUGUCAAUUUCCAGCUUGAAAACAAUUGCGGCCACACGGAGCUUCGGAGGCCCCUGACCUUCCCAUGAUUCCCUCCACCUACGCUUCUCCUUGCAACGACAAACCGACCCGACGGCCGAGCCCUGCUUUCUACCGACCGCUGUUAGAGCUGACCUGCGGCUCACGACGCACAUUUAUGUCACGACGUCAAGGCAGCUACUCUUUCUAGAUUCUCUUCGGGAUUAGCUUGGCCCUCCGACAACUAAACCAUAGCCCCGACGUAACCCUCCUUUGCCAACCCGACGAGUCACUGGGAAGGGAACAAGACCAUGGCAAUAGAUCAAGAGGCGCCGGAGCCGCCAACGUACGAGGCUCUAAUUGCGCAAAUUGCUCGGCUACCCACCUCUCGGUUUGCGAGACCUCAGCACCCUCUUUCACCUUCAGAAACGGAUUCCUCCAGCGCCGCGCCACCGGCGUAUAUCCCUCGCGAACGUUCUUCUAUUCCGCUACUUGUUCCAUUGCAGUGCGACGGCGUUACACGGCCACGAGUUGUCUUCAUGGCCUCCUCAGUCAUCGCCCACGUUAUGCAAACUCGCACCGUCGGCCUUUCGACGCAUUCGCCACUUGAGCCGCCCACCGCUCUCUCGGUGCCACGGCAGCUGAGUGUCCGCGACUUUCUCCGACGAUAUCUACCUCAUUUUGUCCUUUUGCCCCUCAUCACUGGCGUUGUGAUUGCCAUCGAUCCGGUCCUAGUCCGGGACGUACGUGUGGAUAGAACAGAUCCCGAUAGGACAAUCGUAGAGAUGGCAGGGCUAUCGGAAUGGGAGUUCCCGCUCUCUGCGACUUCGAGGACACUGAAACAUAAGAGCAAGAAUGUCAAAUUGUGCGUAAAUAGGAGGAUCGCAGACGUGUUGAAAAUGAUCGAUCCUCUUGGGUUUGAAUUGGCAAUGGGGGACAUGACAAAUGUGGAGUUGGGACUUGGGAACACUCUGGCUGAUGCCUUGAGAUGAGCUGGAUCUUUCCAGAACACAACGCGGCGUAGAUUUUUGGUAUCUAGUCUUACGUAGUUUCCGUAGUCUCAAUCUCCCUCCAAUGUAACUUUGAGUGCGGGCUCUCAACCCCCGGGAUGAAUGCUUGAUGCAAACCCUUUGAUUGUCCUUACGUGGCUCCAACGAUGAUAGAGCUGUGCAAAAGAAAGACAUCGUCGGCGCCAGCAGC